GUGGUUUUGUACUUGCUCACCAAAGCUAACUUCAGCAUGCUCAAAAGGAAGCAGAGUUCCAGGGUGGAAGCCCAGCCAGUUACUGAUUUUGGUCCUGAUGAAUCCCUGUCAGACAAUGCUGACAUACUCUGGAUUAACAAGCCAUGGGUUCACUCCUUGCUGCGUAUCUGUGCCAUCAUCAGCGUCAUCUCUGUUUGUAUGAACACACCCAUGACCUUCGAGCACUACCCUCCUCUCCAGUAUGUGACCUUUACUCUGGAUACUUUAUUGAUGUUUCUCUACACAGCAGAGAUGAUAGCAAAAAUGCACAUCCGAGGGAUUGUCAAGGGGGAUAGUUCCUAUGUGAAAGAUCGCUGGUGUGUUUUUGAUGGAUUUAUGGUCUUUUGCCUUUGGGUUUCAUUGGUGUUACAGGUAUUUGAAAUUGCUGAUAUAGUUGAUCAGAUGUCACCAUGGGGCAUGUUGCGGAUUCCACGACCACUAAUUAUGAUCAGAGCAUUCCGUAUUUAUUUUCGAUUUGAACUGCCAAGGACCAGAAUUACAAACAUUUUAAAGCGAUCAGGAGAACAAAUAUGGAGUGUUUCGAUUUUCCUCCUUUUCUUUCUGCUGCUUUAUGGCAUUUUAGGAGUUCAGAUGUUUGGAACAUUUACCUAUCACUGUGUAGUAAAUGACACGAAACCAGGGAAUGUGACCUGGAAUAGUUUAGCUAUCCCAGAUACACACUGCUCACCAGAACUGGAAGAAGGCUACCAGUGUCCGCCAGGAUUUAAAUGCAUGGAUCUUGAAAAUCUGGGACUUAGCAGGCAAGAGCUGGGCUACAGUGGCUUUAAUGAGAUAGGUACCAGCAUAUUCACGGUCUACGAGGCAGCUUCUCAGGAAGGCUGGGUGUUCCUCAUGUACAGAGCAAUUGACAGCUUUCCUCGCUGGCGUUCCUACUUCUAUUUCAUCACUCUCAUUUUCUUCCUUGCCUGGCUUGUUAAGAAUGUGUUUAUUGCUGUCAUCAUUGAAACAUUUGCAGAAAUCAGAGUUCAGUUCCAACAAAUGUGGGGAUCGAGAAGCAGCACUACUUCAACUGCCACCACCCAGAUGUUUCACGAAGAUGCUGCUGGUGGUUGGCAGCUGGUAGCUGUGGAUGUCAAUAAGCCCCAGGGACGUGCCCCAGCCUGCCUACAGAAAAUGAUGCGGUCGUCAGUCUUCCACAUGUUUAUCCUGAGCAUGGUGACCGUGGAUGUGAUCGUUGCUGCUAGCAACUACUACAAAGGCGAGAACUUCAGGAGGCAGUACGACGAGUUCUACCUCGCAGAGGUAGCUUUUACAGUACUUUUUGACUUGGAAGCACUUCUGAAGAUAUGGUGUCUGGGGUUUACUGGAUAUAUCAGCUCAUCUCUCCACAAAUUUGAGCUACUUCUCGUAAUUGGAACUACUCUUCAUGUAUAUCCAGAUCUCUAUCAUUCUCAAUUCACAUACUUUCAGGUUCUUCGGGUAGUCCGGCUUAUUAAGAUUUCACCUGCAUUAGAAGACUUUGUAUACAAGAUAUUUGGUCCUGGAAAAAAACUUGGGAGCUUGGUUGUAUUUACUGCCAGCCUCUUGAUUGUUAUGUCAGCAAUUAGUUUGCAGAUGUUCUGCUUUGUUGAAGAACUGGACAGAUUUACAACAUUUCCAAGGGCAUUUAUGUCCAUGUUCCAGAUCCUCACCCAGGAAGGAUGGGUAGACGUAAUGGACCAAACUCUAAAUGCUGUGGGACACAUGUGGGCACCUGUGGUUGCCAUCUAUUUCAUUCUCUACCAUCUCUUUGCCACUCUGAUCCUCCUGAGUUUGUUUGUUGCUGUUAUUUUGGACAACUUAGAACUUGAUGAAGAUCUAAAGAAGCUUAAACAAUUAAAGCAAAGUGAAGCAAAUGCAGACACCAAAGAAAAGCUUCCUCUGCGCCUGCGAAUCUUUGAAAAAUUUCCAAACAGACCACAAAUGGUGAAAAUCUCAAAGCUUCCUUCAGAUUUUACAGUGCCUAAAAUCAGGGAAAGUUUUAUGAAGCAGUUCAUUGAUCGCCAGCAACAGGACACCUGCUGCCUCUUGAGAAGCCUCCCUUCAACCUCUUCCUCGUCGUGUGAUCACUCCAAACGGUCGGCAAUUGAAGACAACAAAUACAUUGACCAAAAACUUCGCAAGUCUGUUUUCAGCAUCAGGGCAAGGAAUCUUCUGGAAAAGGAGACGGCAGUCACUAAAAUCUUAAGAGCGUGCACGCGACAGCGCAUGCUGAGCGGAUCAUUCGAGGGGCAACCCGCAAAGGAGAGGUCAAUCCUUAGUGUGCAGCAUCACAUUCGCCAGGAGCGCAGGUCACUGAGACAUGGAUCAAACAGCCAGAGGAUCAGCAGGGGGAAAUCUCUUGAAACUUUGACCCAAGAUCAUUCCAAUACAGUGAGAUAUAGAAAUGCACAAAGAGAAGACAGUGAAAUUAAGAUGAUUCAGGAAAAAAAGGAGCAAGCGGAAAUGAAAAGGAAGGUGCAAGAGGAGGAGCUGCGAGAAAACCACCCGUACUUCGACAAGCCACUGUUCAUCGUUGGGCGGGAGCACAGGUUCCGAAACUUUUGCCGGGUGGUGGUCCGAGCACGCUUCAACGCAUCCAAAACAGAUCCUGUCACAGGAGCCGUGAAAAAUACAAAGUACCAUCAACUUUAUGAUUUGCUGGGGUUGGUCACUUACCUAGACUGGGUCAUGAUCAUCGUAACCAUCUGCUCCUGCAUUUCCAUGAUGUUUGAAUCCCCCUUUCGAAGAGUCAUGCACGCACCUACUUUGCAGAUUGCCGAGUAUGUGUUUGUGAUAUUCAUGAGCAUUGAGCUUAAUCUGAAGAUUAUGGCAGAUGGCUUAUUUUUCACCCCAACUGCUGUCAUCAGGGACUUUGGUGGGGUAAUGGACAUAUUUAUAUAUCUUGUGAGCUUGAUAUUUCUUUGUUGGAUGCCUCAAAACGUACCAGCUGAAUCAGGAGCUCAGCUCCUGAUGGUUCUGCGGUGCCUCAGACCUCUGCGGAUCUUCAAACUGGUGCCUCAGAUGAGGAAAGUUGUCCGAGAACUUUUCAGUGGCUUCAAGGAAAUAUUUCUGGUCUCUAUUCUUUUGCUGACGUUAAUGCUUGUUUUUGCAAGCUUUGGAGUUCAGCUUUUUGCUGGAAAACUGGCAAAGUGCAAUGAUCCCAACAUUAUUAGACGGGAAGAUUGCAAUGGCAUAUUCAGAAUUAAUGUAAGUGUGUCCAAAAACUUAAAUUUAAAAUUAAGACCUGGAGAGAAAAAACCUGGAUUUUGGGUGCCCCGUGUCUGGGCGAAUCCUCGGAACUUUAAUUUUGACAAUGUGGGCAAUGCUAUGCUGGCAUUGUUUGAAGUUCUCUCCUUGAAAGGCUGGGUGGAAGUGAGGGAUGUUAUUAUCCAUCGUGUGGGGCCGAUCCAUGGAAUCUAUAUUCAUGUUUUUGUGUUCCUGGGUUGCAUGAUUGGACUGACCCUUUUUGUUGGAGUAGUUAUUGCUAAUUUCAAUGAAAACAAGGGAACGGCUUUGCUGACGGUAGAUCAGAGAAGAUGGGAAGACCUGAAGAGCAGACUGAAGAUCGCACAGCCUCUCCAUCUCCCACCUCGCCCGGAUAAUGAUGGUUUCAGAGCUAAAAUGUACGACAUAACCCAGCAUCCUUUUUUCAAGAGGACAAUCGCAUUACUUGUUCUGGCCCAGUCAGUGUUACUGUCUGUGAAGUGGGACGUGGAGGACCCAGUGACGGUACCUUUGGCGACAAUGUCGGUUGUCUUCACCUUCAUCUUCGUUCUAGAGGUUACCAUGAAGAUCAUAGCAAUGUCGCCUGCUGGCUUCUGGCAAAGCAGAAGAAAUCGAUAUGAUCUCCUGGUGACGUCCCUCGGUGUGGUAUGGGUGGUGCUUCAUUUUGCUCUCCUGAAUGCAUAUACCUACAUGAUGGGCGCCUGUGUGAUUGUCUUUAGGUUUUUCUCUAUCUGUGGAAAGCAUGUGACUCUGAAAAUGCUGCUCUUGACAGUGGUCGUCAGCAUGUACAAGAGCUUCUUUAUCAUAGUAGGGAUGUUCCUCUUGCUGCUGUGUUAUGCCUUUGCUGGAGUUGUUUUAUUUGGUACUGUGAAAUAUGGAGAGAAUAUUAACAGACAUGCAAAUUUUUCUUCAGCUGGCAAGGCUAUUACUGUCCUGUUCCGAAUUGUCACCGGGGAAGACUGGAACAAGAUUAUGCAUGACUGUAUGGUUCAGCCUCCUUUUUGUACUCCAGAUGAAUUUACAUACUGGGCAACAGACUGUGGAAAUUAUGCUGGGGCACUUAUGUACUUCUGUUCAUUUUAUGUCAUCAUUGCCUACAUCAUGCUCAAUCUGCUUGUAGCCAUCAUUGUAGAGAAUUUCUCCUUGUUUUAUUCCACUGAGGAGGACCAGCUUCUGAGUUACAAUGAUCUUCGCCACUUUCAAAUCAUAUGGAAUAUGGUGGAUGAUAAAAGAGAGGGGGUAAUUCCCACCUUCCGCGUGAACCUGCUGAGGCUGCUGCGAGGGAGGCUGGAGGUGGACCUGGACAAGGACAAACUCCUGUUCAAGCACAUGUGCUAUGAGAUGGAGAGGCUGCACAACGGUGGUGACGUCACCUUCCACGACGUGCUGAGCAUGCUUUCCUACCGGUCCGUCGAUAUCCGGAAAAGUUUGCAGCUGGAGGAGCUCCUUGCAAGGGAGCAGCUGGAGUACACCAUCGAGGAGGAGGUGGCCAAGCAGACCAUCCGCAUGUGGCUGAAAAAGUGCUUGAAGCGCAUCAGAGCUAAACAGCAGCAGUCCUGCAGCAUCAUCCACAGCCUGAGAGUGAGUCAGCAGCAAGAGCUGAGCCGGUUUCUGAAUCCUCCCAGCAUUGAGACCACCCAGCCCAGUGAGGACAUAAACGCCAACAGUCAGGAGAAUAACAUGCAACCAGAGACCAGCAGCCAGCAGCAGCUUCUGAGUCCCACCCUUUCCGACAGAGGAGGAAGUCGGCAAGACGCAGGUGAUGCUGGGAAACCCCAAAGGAAGAUCGGGCAAUGGCGCCUGCCUUCAGCACCAAAACCAAUAAGCCACUCAGUGUCUUCAGUCAACCUACGGUUUGGAGGGAGGACGACAAUGAAAUCUGUGGCGUGCAAAAUGAACCCUAUGACUGACACAGCUUCCUGUGGCUCCGAAGUGAAGAAGUGGUGGACCCGGCAGCUGACCGUGGAAAGUGAUGAAAGUGGGGAUGAUCUCCUGGAUAUUUAGCUGUGGAUCAGUACAGAUGAAAGUUCAAUGAUGAAAACUGUUUUCUAAUGUUUUCCUCAAUUGUCCAAUAAGCAAUCAGUACUUAAUUUCCAAUUUGGCAAAGAUUUUUUUAAAAAUUAAUUUUGUCCUGCCAUAGGAAGGCAUAAAAAUUUCUCGGUCAAAGCUAUGUGUUUGAUAAGUUAUUAUCAUAUGUUUAAGAACAUUUGUAUAAUGACAGUAUUAAUAAUGUAGAAACUAUACCAACAGCAGAUGUAGAUCAUUCCAAAAUUUUACAUACUCUGUCCCUGUGAACUAGGGUGUUUACUCAUCUGUGCUCUUAUGCAGUGUUACCACCCCACGUGGCUGAUAUUUACGAUAUGGGAGCUAUAGCUUUAGUGUGCAUUUUUUUCCUAUUUCCACUAGAAAUACUUCUCUUGGGAGAAUUUAUUAUUUAUGAUUGAUCUGAAAAGGUCAGCACUGAGCUCAUGCUAAAACAAUAGUAGUUUUACAAACUACAGAUUCUGAAUUUAAAACAGUAUAUUCUUCUUCUCAUGUUAUGUUUUUAAAGUAUGUACAAGGAAGUUGGAGGUCAGAAUAAGCUGAUUUCUAUCCUCCGAUACACUAAUAAAACUGUUGCCCAGUUUCAAGAAGAUUGUGUGUGCAGAUACCAGGCAUGGAAAAUGGGCCCAGGAUGUUAACCAGUCUAAAUCUAAACGUGAUUGUGCAACAAUGUUAAGUUUCUUAAAAGGCCUUUUAAUAAGUGGGUUUAGCCAAAAGAGUAAAACUGUAUGGCACAACUUAUAAAAAGAAAUUGUUGCAUGUGUAAUGUCAUCAUUGGCUUCAUGUUUAACCCAAAGGGUAUCCAUUUUGCCAUAAACCACCUGAGACAUUGUUGGUUGACCCCAACACAACAGGCUAUGUUAGGUUUAAAGUGACUCUUCUGCUACUGGAAUCACCUAUGGAAAUAGUGCUAUUCUGCACAAUCUUGCCCUGAACUCACAGAUUUGGUACCCCACAACUUAAUUGUAUUUUCUUUUUCCAUACAUCAGUGGUCCGGGUUCUCUAGCCAAAUGAGCAAUGCAAAAUGGUAACAAAGUACUGCUGGACUUCUUGUGCUGAGUCAGCUGAAGAGAUGUCAGUUGGGGUCUUUACCUAUACUAUUGUGGGCCGGAGAUUUGCUGUUCACAUGUUUCUUUUUAAUGGAGUGAUUGUUUCAGAAUCCUUUGACCUCCCUGGUUUGCUUUCUGGUAUCUUUUUCUCUAUCCAACUUUCUUCAAACAGUCAAAUGUCACAUUUCUUCUGGGUCACAAAUGUAACACUACAGUGACUGUCUAUAGCUUAGGGUUAAUUGUGACUAUGAGAUAAUGGCCAAUUAAAGUCAGUGCAGCCAGAGGAUUUCAUUUAGUGUUAUGUCCCCUCGGAGUUUACUUUUUGUACAUAAGGAGGUAAAAUAAA